UUUCUGUACAGACAUUAAAUGGUUUAAUUAUUAUAGCUACUUAUUCUUAAUAGAAAAACUUGAAAUGUCUCAACAAUCUGAAGUAGAUGAACUCUUUGAUGUCAAAAAUGCGUUCUAUCUUGGUUUGUAUCAACAAUGUAUCAAUGAGGCACAAAAGGCUAAAGUGAGUAGCCAAGUAAAAAAGAAUGAGCGAGAUGUGUUUAUGUAUCGUGCAUACAUUGCUCAGAAAAAGUUUGGAGUCGUUUUAGAUGAAAUUUCGAGUCUGGGAUCAUCGGAACUUCAAGCUGUUAAACUUCUCGCUCAGUAUUUAGCUGACUCAUCAAACAAGGACCAAGUUUUGAAAGAAGUUGAAAAUAAACUUUCUGGGAAUAUUGACAUUGAAAACACCGUUUUACCACUAAUUGCUGCAAGUAUAUAUUCACACGAGGAAAACUUUGACUCAGCCUUGCGAAUCCUUCACAGUGCUGAAUCAUUGGAGUGCUCUGCUCUUUCUAUUCAAAUUUACAUUGCGAUAAACAGACUCGAUCUUGCAAAAAAAGAACUCAAACGAAUGCAAGAAACUGAUGAAGAUUCAACCUUGACUCAACUUGCACAGGCGUGGUUCAAUAUCUCUGUAGGAGGGGAAAAACUACAAGAUGCUUAUUAUAUUUUUCAAGAAAUGGCAGACAAGAAUCAAAGUAGCACGUUACUGCUCAAUGGUCAAGCUGUGUGCUUCAUAGCUCAAGGAAAAUGGGACGAAGCGGAAGGUGUUUUACAGCAAGCAAUGGAUAAAGACAGCAACUGUGCUGAAACUCUAAUAAAUAUGAUAGUGCUUUCGCAACAGAUUGGAAAACCACCUGAAGUUACCAAUCGUUAUCUGUCGCAACUGAAAGAUUCUCAUGGGAAGCACAAAUUUGUCAAAGAUUUCAAUACAAAAGAAAAUGACUUUGAUCGUUUGGCAAUGCAAUAUGCUCCUGCUUGAUAGUUCAAUCUGAUAAGACAUUGCAAUAAUACAAAAAUAGAAAAUAUAUUUAAAUAUUUCAAAUAUCUUGAUGUCAGGCAAAGUUUACACGUCAUGAUUUUCAUGUUCCAAGCAGAUUUACUAAGGAAAAAGUUCUGAAAUAAUUCCUUUUGGUGUGGGUUAUUGAAUGUAUAUGUCCAUUUUUUAGAUAAUUUUUGAAAUCUGAUAUUAAAGAAGUGCAUAUAUUUACCAUUUACUAAUCUUGGGAAUUAAUCACUAUUAUACUAUUUAAAUUGAGAUGUGUUGGCUCUAUGUAGCACUGAUGAUAAAAAAUAACGUUUUCAAUUUGCAUUACUUUUUGAUUUUCAAUCAUUGUUUUUGGAUAAAAAAGUUAGAGGUGUGUCAUCCUAGUAUUUUGUGCCUCGAUCAGAGUAUGCUCACUAAGCAAGCCAAUGAUGAAUAGACCUGGUUAGUCUAGAAGCCCACCAUCUUGUAAUAUGUUGGCUUUAGAUGUGCUAAAAUAUUCUAGCCAUUCUUUAAUUUGGAGUUGAGACCUUUCUAUUUGUGUGUGAAUGCUUUGCCAAAGCCUCAUUGAGAGCAAUGCUAUAAAAUAUCACAUAAAAAGUUUAAAUUUUUUCAAAUUAAAAUAUGAAAUGACUGGACUUGAUUUGGUAGUAGCCUAAGUAAUGUAUUUGCAAUAUUUCAUGAUAUGGAUGAUGGGUGCUUAUCAUAUCUGUAUAUUUGUUGCCUGGUAUAUAUAAUAACAUGUAUAAUAUUGUCUUUAGAA